CAUCGGGACGUCGCAGGGCAAGAUCAACAGUCUUGUUGUUCUUGAUUAUUAAAAGAUUUUAACCAUUUUAAAAGUUUUUUUUCUAUUGCGUCUUGACUUUUUGUUUCUGCCUUCUCCCCGAGCCCAAUUCUAACAUCCACUGGCAUUCACAUCCCAUCGACUUAUCUCAAGAUGCCGACUUUCUCUUCGACCGGCGAUAAGAAUUCCUUUGCGUGGCAGACUGCGCGGGUGCGUUGGCCCGUGAUCCUGACGCAAGCGAUUGACGACGUCUACCGGACAGUCGCGACAUGCAAAGACGAGGCCAAGAGGGAGGAGGGCAAGAAAAUCGUCGAGAAGAUCGCCAGCCUCAAGUAUGAGGUUCAGCAUGAUCGGCCGUUGGCGCCCAUUGAAGACGAUGGAUUUCCCGAUGUUUCGCUCUACAACAGAGAGCUGAAGGAACUGGGCUCGGCGGGCUGGCUUAAUGGCCCAUGGCUGUUCCUCGAGUGCUAUCUUUUCAGGCGCAUGAGUACCUUCUUCAGUCUCUCGAAACAUUGGAAGAACUACGAUGUCUUCAACCGCCAGAAGAUCAACACAUUCCGAUCUUCCCGGCCCGCUGUCCUCGAACUGGCCUCCCGCUACAAGGAACUCGUCGAGGAACUCCGGUCCGAGAAGAAGGCCACCCGCGAUGAGGAGGCCGAGAGGCUCCUCUUCUCCGAGAUGUGCGAAGUCUGCCUUUGGGGAAACGCCACUGACUUGUCUCUCCUCACGACCCUGUCGUACGAGGACAUCCAGAAGCUGCAGGGCUCCGAGGCCCGCAAGUCGGCGGAGAAGAACAUCCUCAUCAACGACCUCCCUGCCGCCUUUGAUACUCUCAAGAAGGCCAAGGCAGACGGUAAGGCGGAACGCAGAGUCGACAUUAUCCUCGAUAACGCCGGCUUUGAACUGUACGUUGACCUCAUCCUCGCCGGCUACUUCCUCUCCGCUGGGCUUGCCACGCACGUCGUCCUCCACCCCAAGUCCAUCCCCUGGUUCGUCUCGGACGUUCUUCCGUCCGACUUCGCCCAGACCCUGAGCCUCAUUGCCAACCCCAAACCAUUCUACGAGACGCCCUCGGAAGACGAGAAGCUGCAGGGCACCACGCCGGCGCCGCUGUCCACCGUCGACGAGGCGAACAUGGCCUUCCUCUUCCAGGAGUGGAGCAACUUCCACGCCGAGGGACAGCUCAUCAUCCGUCCCAACCGCUACUGGACGCACCCCAACCCGUACUGGAACUUGCCCGAGGAGGCCAAGGACCUGUACGAAGACCUCAAAACCAGUGAGCUCAUUAUCUUCAAGGGCGACCUCAACUACCGGAAACUUACCGGGGACUGCGACUGGGAUCCCACGACUCCGUUCACCGACACUAUCAAGGGCAUGGGACCAGGCUCCGGGCUUAACAUACUCUCUCUUCGGACCUGCAAGGCCGAUGUGGUAGUUGGACUGCCGCCAGGCAAGGAUGAGGAGCUUAAGGCCAGCGAGGGCGGCGGCGGUGACUCGGGUGCCAGACAGUGGGCAUGGAACGGCAAGUGGGCUGUUAUGUCUUUCUCGGGUGACAAGUAAACCUAGGCGACCAGCUCGUCACGACUGGAAAUAGACUUGCGGAGGAAUCAUUGAUAUAGAUAGACCAAGACACUGAAUAAAAUUAGAUUCUCAAUCG